CUAAAAAGAACUCAAGGAAGGAUCGAAACAUUUUUAAGUGACUAGAGUGGAUUAUUCUUCUCAUAAUUAUUAUUCUCAUUAUUUUUUAAUUUAUACAGCGACAAUGGCGUAUUUAACUAUCUUCAAAGCCUACAUUAUUACAAUAUUCCGAAUUUUGUUUAUAGUAUAAUAAAUAUUUUCUUUGAGAGAGGGAAGGAGAAGCGCGUAUAUGUAUACAUAUACAUACACAUAUAGCGAGCGCUACUGUUUACACGCGAUCACCUUGUUGUCAUUCGCACGACGGGAGUCGGGGAGCAAGCAGGUAAUAGUGCGAGUCGUUUCGAGUGUGUCGUUCCAUUAUUUCUCGAAAUACGAUCGACAAGUAUUGGAAAUUGUUAAACGCGAACUCGGUGUUCUCACGAACACUACACACACGCACAUCAAUUAAAAGUUAUAUUCGUGCGAUUAAUUAAUUGAUGAUUCAUAAGAUUACCGUAGAAAUAGUUAUUUAUCUCAAAGGAGAGAUAUAAUUAUUUGAAAGAGAAAUUUAUGCGACAAGUAGUAAUUAUAAAUUGUUUCAUAUUUUUACGGGCGUGAUAAUAUUAUAUCAAAUAUAUUUGAAAUUGACUAUAUUUUGUAUCAAGUUUAAAAUUUUUCACCUAUUUAAAAAUAAUACGCUCGUCAUUUUUAUCGGAUUAAAAGAGCGGAUUAUCAGAUCGAGUAAUACAAGUAAUAAAAAAAUACGAUACAUAAACAUUUGAUAAUAAUACGUAUAUUUCACGAGAUAUGUUCGCGUAUUUUCGCAUGAUUUAUUCGAUCGAAAUCUAUCAUGCGAGUAAUCAAUAAAGAGAUGACAUAUUUUUGAAUAUUAACGUUCUCUAUAGAGUUUUAAUUCUAACUUAUAUUUACAUUUGUUAUAAUACAAAAUAAUAAUCGUCCUAAAACGAGAGCGUAUGCUACUUGUUAGCAACAAAUGUAGCGUUUCAUCGACGAUUAACGCGUGAAUUUGAUCGCACGAUUUUGGAGUGCUGAGCAAAUCAUAUAGCUUCGUACGAUCAGAAUUUAUGUGCAUUGUUCUCCUAUUGCAAUAUAAUAAAUCGUACGUGAUCAACGUCGGGAAUGUCGUGCAAAAUGCCGCGCGGACAUCGUAUUCCACUGAUUAGAGCACGAUCUUGUAAUUAAAUGUGUUUUUGCGAGUGAGUGUCAUAUGAGUGUUACGAAGAAAUAGCAGAGCAAUAACCCAGAAAGGAAUGAGGCAACGAUGGAGCAACUGUGUGAGAUAUACUUUGCACUGGUAGCAUCAACCACCGGCACGGUUUUUCGAGAGGAAAGUGAAUAUCUCAAGGGAGAGGUUUCACUACCAGAGUCAUCCAGCUUUCUGGAAGGAGGAACGAUAUCGCCAACCACGGUUCAUUUCAACGCAAUGCUGCUUAUCUGCUCCUGCUGCGGCGUGUUGUGCAGUCUCCUUCUUUUGUACGGCUUGUACAAGGACCGCAAGAUGUUGCUGCUUCCAUGGAUUAUUGUAAUCAUCGUGUGUGGCAUCAUUGAUAUAGCACAUUCACUAUACUUGUUCAUCGUUACACCCGAGUUUAAUCCGGCAAGAGUUAUGCUCUACACGUUAAAUUUCUUUCUACUUUGUUUAAACAUAUAUUCGCUUUUAUGUGUCAUCUCGCAGUAUCAAGAGUACUUAGCUGGUCGCGGCACUGCUGCCCAUGACUACGAAUAUAGGGUCAGUAUUCCGAAAAUUUCGCAGAGGAAAGAACAGUGGGAUAAGGGACGAAAAGUUCCAGUGGUGAGAUACGUAACUCAACCACCAACUACGACCGCCACCACGUCGUGUCUAAGUUCGCGAAAAUGUGUCACCAACAAUGAAACAAAAGCUACACCGACACAGAGUCCUACGGCAUGUCACAAUCCUCUCUUAUCGGAGAGAAGUCCCACUGGGAGUCGGCUAUCAAGGAAGCACGUUCAAUUUCCAGAUACAUCGACAUCGUCAAGUCAGAUACAAGAGAUACCAGUAACAAAGGUCCAAACGAAGUGUUCGCCGAAAAUUGAUCAUAAUAAUGCAAAGAUUUGGUUGCAACCAAACGAUGCUAUAACGAUCGUGGUUAGCCAGUCCUCACCGUCGAGCGAAGAAGAGCAUUAUUCAUAAACAGUAUGAACUCGACACACACGAUGCAAUUGUUAACAGUCCAAAUAUAUACAUAUAUGUGAUUCCUACAUACGUUUCCAUGGAAGACGUGUAUUAUCAGUGUGUAAAUACAUCGAUAGUUUUUAUUUAUUAAAAGAGAAAGCUUACAA